CAUUCAUUCCCAGUACAAAGUACACACAGUACACACGGAUCUAACUGGGAAGCACGUCGUUUGUCCGUUCCUUCGUUCGUUUCCAUUGACGGAUUCCUGGCUGACUGCUCAAAAAAUGUCGGUGGGUGCUUCUUUGUCCAAAUCGGUGUUUGUGGUGGCGGCCCGACCUCUCACCAUUAUUUUAUUUGGUUUCUGUCAGGUGUUGGCCUCGAAAGCAGCCUUGGCCAGUAUCGACUUGGACCCCAAGCACAUCUCAUCGGUGUGCGUGGGUAACGUGUUGUCGGCCUCAGGGGCGGACACGCCUUACAUUGCCCGUCACGUGGCUUUGAAGUGCGGACUGCCCUUGGAGACGCCGGCCUUGACCGUCAAUCGACUCUGCGGAUCCGGUUUCCAGUCCAUCGUCAAUGGAGCGCAAGAGAUCAUCUUGGGUGAUUCCAUGAUGGUAAUGGCGGGGGGUUCGGACAACAUGUCGGCGUGUCCUUAUGCGGUUCGUGACAUCCGUUUCGGAACCCGUUUGGGUGUCAACCCUCAAAUGGAGGACAUGAUGUGGGCCUCGCUCACCGACGCCUACUCGAACACGCCCAUGGGCGUCACAGCCGAGAACCUGGCCGCCAAAUUCAACGUGACCCGUCAAGAAGUGGACGAGUUCGCCCUUCGAUCCCAACAAACCUGGGCCCAAGCUCAGGAGAAGGGUGUGUUCAAGGACGAGAUCGCCCCAGUUGAGAUCAAGACCCGCAAAGGGGUCAAGGUCAUGGAUCGGGACGAGCAUCCCAAGCCUGAGACCACUCUGGAGGGCCUGGCUAAACUCCCACCCGUUUUCAAGAAGGACGGGGGCGUGGUAACGGCUGGUAGUGCGUCCGGAAUUUGUGAUGGAGCCGGAGCCUUGAUUCUGGCCGGUGAAGAGGCCGUCAAGGCCCAUGGACUGAAGCCUUUAGCCCGCAUAGUGGGAUACGGCAUUGCCGGAUGUGAGCCCAAGAUCAUGGGCUACGGGCCCGUGCCCGCCAUCCGGAAGAUGUGCGAGAAAACCGGGAUCUCCUUGGGACAAGUGGACCAAUUGGAGAUCAACGAGGCUUUCGGGGCUCAAGCUUUGUCUUGUCUCAAGGACUUGCAGUACCCCAUGGAGAAAUUCAACACCUGUGGGGGUGCCAUCGCCAUUGGACAUCCCUUGGGCGCCUCUGGGUCCCGAAUUUCCGCACACAUGGUCUACAAACUGCGUCAAAACAACGAGAAAUACGGCAUUGGAUCCGCUUGCAUCGGUGGAGGUCAAGGGAUUUCCAUUCUCUUUGAACGGGUUUAAUGCUUGACCUCUUUAUCAACUCGAUUGUUCAGACCCAUACCUCAAUGACUAAUGCAAAUUUUCAAUAUACCCCUCGUCCGAAGAACGGUCCAACGUAGUUAUGUUUGUUCCAGAGAAUUUAUAGAUUUGAACCCCUCUGACAUUGCAGGAA